AUGCAGAACGAGCAGGAAGAGCCACAGCAUGCAAUUCAUAUGAUCGUUGGUGGCGUCGAUAUCCCUAAAGGACCGGUAUUCAAACACACCAAAGUGACAAUCACGAGGGAAAGCAACUCGGGACUACUUACCAGAAGAAACCUUGUCUUUCAACGACGAGGACGCAAAAGGGAUCGAAAACCUCACAAUGACGCACUGGCAACAUCUAUCCAAAUGAAUAAAAUUCAAGUUAAACGUGUGUUGAAUUAUUCGGGUAGCUCGGCAAAUAUUAUUCAAUCAAGUGUUGUAGAGGAACUCGGCAUUCAAGAUCAGAUUGUGCCGGCAGCUCGGGUACUUAACGGCUUCAACAUGGCAAGUGAAACCACCAAAGGGGCAAUCAUUAUACCAGUAAACGUGGCCGGGACUAUCCAAGAAACAAAAUUCCAUGUGGUUGAAGGCGACAUGAGGUACAACGCGCUGCUCGGAAGGCCGUGGAUUCAUAAUAUGACAGUAGUGCCCUCGACGUUUCACUAA